UUUAGAAACAAUAAUAAUAAUUCUAUGGAUCUUUCAUCUGCAGAAUGGUUUGGUCAGGAGAUAGAUGAGUGGCAAAUGAUGAACGCAACAUUUGACGAUUUUGCCGUCUUCUCUCCUGAAACGGUGUCGUUUCCAUCCUCCGCCGGGUACUGUUCGCCGCCUUUUCCGCCGUUAUCGUCUAGUAACGGUUUUCAGACGGUGGUUGAGAACCCGGCGGGGGCUGUGAACCGGGUUCAGGAGGCUUCUUCGUCGUCCAGUAUUAUAUCUUUUGCAAACUCUGAUUUGCCGUGGGCUAGUCAGCAUUUGGCUAAUUGUAAUCCCAAAGGCGCCUCGGUGAAGACGGAGAUGGUUUUCACGUCUGGGAGUUGUGUCGCGGAUGGUCGGAAGGACAUGAUUGGGUUUGGCGGCGCCGGCGCUGUCAAGAAGGGUGCGGCGGUUAGGAACGCUGUACAAGCUCAAGAUCAUGUGAUGGCUGAGAGAAGAAGAAGAGAAAAGCUCACACAAUGCUUCAUUGCUUUAUCUUCCCUCGUUCCUGGCCUAAAGAAGUUAGACAAGGCAUCGGUGCUUGGAGCGGCCAUUAAGCACAUAAAGGAUCUGAAAGAACGUGUGGAAACGUUGGAGGAAAACGCCAAGAGACACGCCGAAGAACCACUACCUGCGACGGCGGCCGUGAAGAGAGUGCGGCUGUGUGGCAGCGACGAUGAUAGCAGCUAUUCAUCGGACGAAAACUCGGACGCCAGCACGGAGAUGUCGUUGCCGGAGAUCGAAGUGCGAUCCUCGGAUCAGAAUAUGCUAAUUAGGGUUCACUGCAAGAAGCACAACGGGGUGAUUAAGGAAAUCUUUAGCGAUUUAGAAAAGAUGCAACUAAGCAUCCUUAGCAGCAGUGUAAUGCCUUUCGGCAAAACCACAACACACAUCACCAUUAUUGCUCAGAUGGAUCAUAAAUUUUGCAUGGCAGCUAAGGAUGUGGCAAGCACCAUACGGAUGACCAUAUUGAAGCUCUUAGGCUGUGAGGAAUCGAGUUCCCCCUUUUAAAGAAUUACAAUUCAAUAUCAAGUAUUCAAGUUUACAUUUUUAUAUAUCAAGAAACUAGGUUGUAGUUGAAACAUAGUGAGUUAUAUAUAUAUAUAUGUUUGAAUUGGUGUGUAAGCUGAUCUCAUGCUGAGGAUUGAGACCACCGAGCAGCCAUGAAAGAUUAAGGUUGGGAAGCUUCGAUGUGUCGCAAAGGGUGUUUUUUGCGAGGUGGAUAAGUUAGCUUAGCCCUCGUUUUAUUACCCACGUGUUUCACAUGGAACGACGCUUCAGUUUGAAGAAUCAAAGACGAUGGAGUGAGGUUGUCGGAGGUUUUUUUUUUUGUCCUCUUUUGAGAGGCUGUGCGCAUUA